AUGGACUUCCGGAAGACUCCUCCUCGGUCCAUCCUCACCGCCCAACUGAUUAUAAGAGCAGAUGACGGCCCCGAUGCAAGCUACGGCGAACGGCACGACCAAGGAAACAUCUCGGCGGCGGAGGCCGCAUCGGCGGCGCCUUCAAAUCUACCAAAGCUCAUGCAAACUGAUGACAUGCUGGUAUUCUUGCACUCGCACAAGAAUUAUGACCCCACUAUUUUGGAGUACGUAAAGCUCCUGCAGUACCAUGAUGUCAAGCACACAACAAUCAUGUCCAUGCUAUCUGAAAAUGAAGAUGGAAGCUACUUCCUAAGCAUGACCGGACGAGACCUACUAAACCAAAAAGCCAUGAAUGCAAGGAAAGAUGAUUUGGAUGAUGUAUUGAAACUUGUUUCAUUCUUCAAAGACAUGAAGUCAACGAUAUUUGCUGUUGCCCUGAUCAGAGACGAAGAUGAAAAGUCAUUCAAGUGGUUGUUCGAUACAUUUGUACGGUGCAUGAACAACAAGCACCCAACUUGCAUUCUAAUAGACCAGUGCCCGUCGAUGGCGAAAGCUAUACCACAAUCAUUUCCAAACACCAUCCACAUGCUAUGCCGUUGGCACAUCAUGAAGAAGUACAGGGAAUACCUCGCGUUGCUGUACAAAAAGUAUAAAACAUUCAAAGAGGAGUUCACAGCUAUUUUAAACUGGCCGCUGAUGCCAACGGAGUUUGAAGCUGCCUGGGCUGAACUCAUGCACAAUUACAACCUGGAGAACGACCAGAUGAUGAUCCAGCUGUGGAGUGAUAGGAAAAUGUGGAUUUCAGCAUAUUACAAGAACAGUUUCUGUGCUAGAAUGACUUCAACACAACGAAGCGAGAGCAUGAACCACGUGCUCAAGAAAGGGUUUGUCAAGGGGACCCAGAACCUACACAAGUUUGCUAGGCGGAUAAAUGCUUGCAUACAAACUUGGAUGCAGAAGGAGAAUGAGCAAACGAUGACCAGCAUGGUUGUAGCUGACCCAGAGAAUGAAAUAUACGAGUGUGAAUGCAAGCUUUGGACACACACAGGCCUGUUCUGCCUUCACAUCAUUAAUAUACUGGACUACCUGAAGCCUGACAAAUUUCCACACAAGUAUAUCCUCAAACAGUACAGAAAGACUGCAAAAUCACAACCAACCUUUGAUACAAGGGACUACAACACAACUGCAUUGGAUGGCAGCUCAAGACUAUCGAAGCAAGACAUCUUGCUGCAGCUAAAUUUGAUGGUUAACAAGAAAGCGAUGAGAUGUGACCAGCAAUAUGACAGAGCCUACUAUGUUCUCAAGAGGCUCGUGGAAGAGCUUGAUGCAAUACAUUUAGCAAAUCAAGCGGAUGCUGACGAAAGAAUGGCUGAAGAGGACGCUGAAAUUGAAGAUGACCUUCAUUAUUAUGCAGCUGAAAUGCUCAAUGUCGCUGCUCCAGCCAACCAAUGCAAGCAGGGUGUUGACCAAUCAAUGGAGCAGCGACAGCAAGAGAGACGAUGA